AAGCAGGCUCCAGGCUCUGAGCUACACCACAAGAUCAUGACCUGAGCCAAAGUCAGACACUUAACCAACUGAGCCAACCAGGUGCCCCUAAAAGUAUUCUUUAAACUAUAUUUACUGUAUUCGCUGUGGGUGAGAACAGAAUUGGACUCGGAUGGAAUGAAAGAAUGAACGGGUUUUGGGGGGCCUCUCCUUUGUGUGUUUCAGAGGAAAUAGGAGGAUAAAGAAGAACUCUCAGUCCAGAUUUGGUUCAGUUUGCAUUGCUACAUGAUGCAUCCCGGGAAAGUUUAUAGGACUUCUGUACUCGGGGUGCAAAGAAUAUCUGUAGUAAUCCAGUCUGCUAGUCUACUCGAGGGUGGGGUAGGGCAGUCGCCCUGGCAAUCCUUGCAUUCAGCAGCAGCAUGAGUUGGGUCAUUUGUACUCAGAGGCUGUCCCAUAUUCCAGGCAUUGCUGAGGAAUAUAGCUCCUCAGUCUCCCCUGACGUACAGGCACUUACGGGGUAUUUGUUAUGAUGUACAGAACCUCAAGUGCAAAGCUAUGUCUUCACAGCUUCAUUGAAGCUGGUAUUUCUCAGUGAUUUUUAAAUACGAUAAAAAGAAGUCCCAGUUUAGUCAUAACCUCUGAUUUCCUUUGUAAGCCUGUGCUCACCUUAAUUCCCUCACUUCUCAGACUUCAGUGAGAUCUAACCUCGUGCAGAUGGCCAAGAGCUAUUUUGGCCACGGGUGAAUAGCUACAUCAUCAUUGAUUUCAGUAGUUUCAUUUCUUCUGGGAUAGUCUCAAGUGCCCAUGCAUUGUCACUGCAGUCGCACGUGGAAUUAUAUUUACUUCCCAGUAAGGAAAAAAGAUCACAAAAUCCAAUCCUGCCGCUUCUCUGUCUCCCUGUUCAGAAGCCCGCUGUCCCAAUGUGGUAAGUCGCUCCCACUUUUGAGAUAGGGUGUUAAAUUCUUAAAAAGAAUGGAAUGCAUGGAGUUAAGAGUCGGACAUCACUAGCCCUUUUUUCUAACAGUGAAACUCCUACAAUUGAUUCCAAAGUUUCAGUCUAACAUGAAAAGCAGUAAGAUGGUAUUUUAGAUCCCAGCUCUGGGUGGACGUACUUUAUGUCUGAGUGACAAUUGCGUUUGCACUUUGGGGAACAUCUGAAAUAAUUUCUGUGAUCAGCAGACAUUCCAUGAAAAUCUGGGUGUGACCCCCUCCAAGAAGCCGGAGCCCCCCUCAGAACGUUCAGACACCCCUUCCCAGCACCCCUCCUGGUGCUGCGGGACAGCUGCCGGAGGUCAGGAUGGAGACCCGUGCGGAGGUUGGCGUCUCCAUCAGGACUACGUUACCCAGAAGGCAGUGCGCCACACUGGGCCAGUGAGGGCUCAAGGAGCGAGGCACUUCCGCCCAGCGGACGGCAUGUAGGCGGGCCUUCCGGCGUCGGCCUCCAGCGACAUCUUGUAAAUUUGGUUCUGUCCAGCGCUCGGAAGCUCAGGUUGCUGGGACUGCCCAAGGUGACGGAGCGGGGACGCGCAGGGCCGGCUGCUCGGAGACUCAGCGUGGCUGUCGUGCGGGCUGAGCACUGCGGUGCCACGGUCGCCGUGGCGGUUCCCAUCCAGGUUCUGCUUUCAGCAGAAGCACUUAUGGACCCUGCACUGAGGGUCAUCACAUGAACUUACAGGACCUCCCAGGACCUAAAUGACUGCCGAAGAGACACAACAUAACUAUAGAAGCAGAAUGUUACCAAGGGUAUUUAGAUCUGCAUGUGAUCUAAACCAGCACCAAGGUCAAGUGGGGAAGGCCCUUCCCUUGGAGGGCUCCAUGACCUUUGAGGACGUGGCCGUGUACUUUUCCCAGGAGGAGUGGAGGCUUCUUGACGAGGCUCAGCGACGCCUGUACCGGGACGUGAUGCUGGAGGUCUUUGCCCUUGUUGUGUCAUUGGGCUGCUGGCACACAGCAGGGGCUGAGGAGGCACCUUCAGAGCAGAGUGUCCCCAGAGGAGUGUCACAGGUCAGCAUCCCGAAGGCAGAUCUGUCCCCCAACGAGGUGCACAGCCCAGACUCCGAAGGGGAUUUGCAUCCGGCCAAGAGCCUGGGAGCAAGCCCUGGGCAGAAAGUGUGUGGGACAGGGGGGAAGCCUCAGGAGCGGCGGGAGCAGCACAGUAGAGAAAGACGCCCACGAAGGAGCACGAAGGGCCAUGCCACCCACCCCCUACCACAGAAGCCCGUCCCUGCUGGCCCAGGCCUUCUCCCCCAGCUCGCUCACAGUCGGGGGACACCCACUGAGGACACCAGCUGUCCAGAGCCCUUUCACCACAGACAGAGGCGCUACAAGUGCGGUGACUGUGGGAAAGCCUUCUGCCGGAAAUACAGACUCACCCAGCAUCAGAGAGUCCACACGGGAGAAAGGCCGUACGAGUGCAGCGAGUGUGGGAAAACCUUCAGCUACAAACACAUACUCGUCCAGCACCGGAGAGUCCACACGGGAGAGAGGCCUUAUGAGUGCGGCGCGUGUGGGAAAGCCUUCAGUAACAAACCCACACUCGUUCGGCACCAGCGAACUCACACUGGAGAGAGGCCUUAUGAAUGCGGUGAGUGCGGGAAAUUCUUCAGCCAAAGCUCCAGCCUUAGUGAACAUCAGAGGAUUCACACUGGGGCACGGCCUUAUAAAUGUGGUGAGUGUGGAAAAUUCUUCACCUCCAACUCCAACCUGAUUAAACACCGGAGAGUCCACACCGGAACAAGGCCUUAUGAGUGCAGCCAAUGUGGGAAAUUCUUUAACCAAAGCCCCAGCCUCAUUAAACACCAGAGAAUUCACACUGGCGAAAAGCCUUACGCAUGUAGCGAAUGUGGGAAACUCUUUAGCCAAAGCUCCACCCUCAUUAAGCACCAGAGAGUUCACACCGGGGCAAGGCCUUACAAGUGCAACGAAUGUGGGAAACUUUUUAGCCAGAGCUUUGGCCUCACUCAACACCACAGAGUCCACACAGGAGAAAAGCCCUACGCGUGCCGUGCCUGUGGGGAAUCCUUUAGCCACAGCACCCAACUUACUCAGCACCGGAAAGUUCACACCGCGGAGAGCCCUCCCCAGUGCAGGAGCUGUGGAGAAGUCUUCCGCCACCGGUCGGCUCUCAUCGACCACCAGAAACUCCACAGCCCCGCUCGACCUCAUGAGUGCACUGAAUGUGGGAAAGCCUUCAGCCGCAGGUCUAACCUCCUGCGACACCAGAAAGUUCACAGGGGAGGAGGGCCUUAGAAUGGGCGGGGGCUGCACCAUGUCAAGAGCCCGUGGGGCAUAGGGGGCUAGGCUGUACUUUCUAACCUGUCCAGAACCCUCGUGUUGGUCAGUGCAGGUUUCUCCCACGUGUGUCCCAAACACUGUAUGUACCUCAGUGUGGAUGGUUUCAUGGCACAGGGUAGCUCUCCCUCUAGAGGCCUCCUACGAUAGAAUGAAGGGCAGUCCCAAUUUUUGGGGACUAAUCUUGUGUCCCAGAUGUACGGGUUUGUGGUUGAGUCUGGAGGUUUCCCUGAGAGGAACCGUGUGGGUUUCUUUUUUUUUUUUUUUAAUGUUUAUUUUUGAGAGAGGGCAUGAGCGGGGGAGGGGCAGAGAGAGGGAGACACGGGAUCUGAGCUGUCAGCACAGAGCCCCAUGUGGGCCUCAAACCCAUGGACCAUGGGAUCCUGACCUGAAGCCAGACGCUUACCCAACUGAGCCCCCCGGCGCCCCAAGGCUCAGCUUCUCUUUCUCACACAGGAUGUCACAGUGCCCCAGCGCUGUUGAGAAGUAGUGCUCUAGGGCCCAAUGCAGAGCCCUGUGGCCUCGCAUCUGCUGGGCUGGUAUCAUGGAUUCCGGGCACCAGGUAGGAGCCAUCUGUGCGGUACAGACACACUGAGCCAAAUGGUGGGGGACUUGCAAAGUGGAGGGGCUGCGCUGCCUACGCCAAUGCCCUGGGGGCUGUGGCCAAUUUCAGGUAAGGGCCUUGUGGACGACAUUCUGAGGCCCUAUAGAGCUGACAGUGCUCCUGUGGCCGGGGUUCUAUUGCGCUACAGUUAAGGUGUUGGGGGCAGGGGGAGGGUUGAAAACCAAACUCCUGGAAAUGCAGACACGAAGGCAGCAGGCACAGGGUCUUUCUGACCCACGGAGCGUAGCUUGUAAACUCCGGUGCGGUUGCUGGCCAGCAGGAUGCGGAGCUGUGUCCUGUGGGGUGGCCAGAUUUCAAUUUUCCAAGGUUUUCCCGAUGUCCAGAUUUUUCCGCAAAAGCAUUUCCACUCAGCCUGCGAUAGACUUCAAGUGUACUUGAAAACCGAAAACUGCUGCUGGUAGACUUUACUGGAUGUGCGCUCAUGGAACCAUCGUACUCCACCACAGGUCCUUUGUCUUGUAACCUCUGCCUGGAUUCCCACACAGACCGUCACUUUCUUUCGUACCUUCGCUAGUGUUCUCUAGAAUUUUACAUGUUGGAAUCUUACUGUGGCUCCUUUUUACGGGUACAUAAUAGUACAUAAUUACUUCGACAAUCACCAGUGAAUACUUGGAAUUUUUUUUUUCUUUAAACAAGUGGAAGACACCAUUAUUCACUCAUCUACUCAUCUAACAAAAAGGACGACGAGGGUUCGGGGGUUGUUGCCAGCCUGGCCGUCACAAGGCACAGUUGUGCCAGAUGUACAUCUCCAUCCCCCUGGCAGUGCGAGGCCUGAGUCCCAGCGAACUGAAACAGGCCAAGCUCUCCCCAGGGGAAUAUGGUUGCUCUGAGUUCUGCCGGCAUCCUCACCAGUAGGAGCCUGGUCAGAUUUGUUCCGUCUUUUCCACGAGUGUUUUUCAAAGGUGUGUGAGUGCAAUCUCCCCCUGCUCGAAUCGUGCAUUUCCCCUCAGAACUGUGUGCCACCCGUAUAUGUGUGUAUUUGCCAAGUCUACUUGCUGUGGGUGCUGAUGAAAAGUAAAGCAUUGGGACCUCACGCUAGUGCAAUAAAAAUAUUAAAUGAAAACGUUUAAAA